AUGGCGCCCCGCCGUGUUUGGGUCAAGCGAUCGGCUUGCUCCGCGACCUUGGUAUCAUAUUUGGAGAAUGCUGUUGUAGAUGAGCUGCGCGACCAGGUGAUAAGGAAAUAUGCCAAUUCCUUGGGGAGGAAAUUUGAUUCUCCUGAUAUAAUGACCACAAUUACUCCUCGGCAGGACUUGAACCGACAGGCCCAACAAGAGCGUCUCCUCAACCCGGAUGAAAUGUUGUCAUCUGUGCUCGACACAUACUACCCUGGUGGCCAGACAAUAGAAGAGGCGCUGGUGAUUGACGUGCCCACGCGCUAUGACCCGAGGCUAUCACCACGUUAUACAUUUCACAGUCACGACAAUUCGGAGUCUGGCAAGCAUGGCGACUCAUUUCCUCUUGAAUUGGGGAGUAAAAAUGCAACGGUGCCACCUCCGCGCCCAUCAAGUUCGCUAGCUGGCGCCGAACCGCCAUCUCGCUCAGUAUCUACUACUGAUGUGGUCCCUUCGCUGCCGUCGCCUGGGAGCCUUGGGUCGCAGCAUACUUCAGAUUCGCCAGUGACGCUUUGUCAACCACCCACCAUGCCAGAGCCCGGCAACUCUUCUCAUGACGAAACUUCACCCGCUGCCUUGGCCCCGACUGCCCCAAUAUCGCCCACACUAACGACGGAGUCACCGAAGGCAAAAACACACACGUCCCCUGCACCAGCCGCAUCUCCACUAUCUCUUCGAACAAGGGAAAACUGUUUAUCUCCAGGUGCAGCCCUUGGCGGCUUGAUUGAUGGCACUGUACCGCCAAUCAAUGUCCUCAUCGUGGAGGACAACAUCAUCAAUCAGAAGCUGCUGGGAGCAUUCAUGAAACGACUGAACGUACGUUGGAAGUUUGCAGCUGACGGCGAAGAGGCGGUGCGGAAAUGGCGACAGGGCGGUUUCCACCUUGUGCUGAUGGACCUCCAGUUGCCCAUCAUGAACGGGUUGGAUGCUACUAAAGAGGUCCGGCGGCUCGAGCGACUGAAUGGAAUUGGCGUCUUUUCUAAGGCAGAUUCUGGUCGCUCCAGUGUCUCAAGCCCUAUCGCAAAGUCUCCAUUGGAAAAGGGACCGGGAUCUCAGCGCUCUCCAAUUGAAGAGGACACUCUGGCUAAUAUCUCUGUGUUUCGUAGCCCGGUGCCCGUGAGAUUUCCAUGGCUUGAGCAGAAGGUGACGGAAUGGGGCUGCAUGCAGGCAUUGAUUGAUUUUGAGGGCUGGCGGAGAUGGCGCGGGUUCAUAGACUCGCCGCGAUCCGCCUCUCCCACCAAUGACAGCGGUGCUGGCAACGAAAAUGACUCCAGCCCGAUGCAUACAAAUGUAUAA